GAUGUUCACGAAGACCCAAGUCAUCGCCGCUGCCGUCGUCGCUGCGUCCACCCUCGCCGUCAAUGCUGCCCCAACAUACAUGAAUGAGGUUGCCGACGUUGAGGCACGCGGCUUCGGAAAUGGUGGUUGGAUCAAGCCCUCCGCUGGCAAGAACAACAAAGCCAAGACGCGUCAAGCUCACGAGGUCGCCGCUAUCGAACACCACAAACAGCAGGAGCCCAACCAUCCUGCCGUCGCCCCCGGUAACACCGCUACUGUCCACGACUCUUGGCACCAGAGCAACGGUGGCCCAGUGCACUCCACCGUAAAAUACGCGGACUCGCAGGGCAAGCACGUUACCACCCUUCACAUCGGCAAGGAUGGUCACCGCCAGCAAGGAUCUUCCUCCAAGUCCCACCAGAGCGGAUAUUGGGCUCCUCCCGGUUCUCCGUCUCGCCGCGAGAUCGAAGACAUUCUGGCGCGCGCUAUGGAGCUCUACGACGAGCUUGAUUA